CAUUAAGGCGCAUUGUGGCUCAGCCGAGAAACAAAAGUAUUAAGAUUGAUCGGCCGAGAAGAGCGAACCGCCUUACGAUUUUGUUGUUUCUUCCUUCGGCCAUAAACUUGUUACGGAAGAAUCGGUGUCUCGCCGCGAAGCUUUAGAAGCCAUGGAUUUGCAGGAGGAUCUCGAGAGAUUGGCGUUCUUCGACUAUGCUCUGAAAGCAGCAGAAGCCACCUACAUCAAAAACCCUUUAGACGCCGAUAACUUGACGAGAUGGGGAGGAGCGUUAUUGGAAGUAUCCCAGAUUCAGAACCCAUCAGAGUCAAAGCUAAUGCUUCAAGAUGCCAUAUCGAAGCUGGAAGAGGCGUUGUUAAUCAACCCAAAGAAGCACGAUGCGCUUUGGAUAAUCGGGAAUGCUCAUACUUCAAUUGGGUUUUUGACUCCUGACGAAACCGAGGCUAGAGAUAACUUUGACAAAGCCACUCACUACUUUCAACAAGCUGUUGACGAGCAACCAGAGAACGAAAACUAUCAGAGAUCAUUGGCAUUGACUUCUAAGGCUCCAGAACUACAUACAGCGGUUCACCAACAUGGUUUAGGUCCACAACCAUUGGGCGGUGCUGCUGGACCAUCAUCAACCAAUUCAAAGACCAUGAAGAAGAAGAAGAACAGUGAUCUCAAGUAUGAUGUGCUUGGAUGGGUCAUCUUAGCCGUUGGAAUUGUUACAUGGAUCAAUUUUGCUAAAUCUCAGAUGCCUCCACCGAGGCAGUAACAUUCACACACCAAGAGAAGUCUAAAGAUCUGAAACCUUUUUAUUUAUUUUUCAAGCUAUAAAGCGUUUCUCAUUGUUACAAACUCUAGAGAAAACAGAGAAUCAGAGAUUAUGGAACAGAGAAUCAGAGAAUAUGAGUUUCUUUUACUUACUGUUGAAUCAAAUCGUCUUUUAGAAAUGUACUGACAAAAUCAGUGGAGACCAUACUCGGAAGAGUACUCUUCAUGAACAUCAUCUCCUUCUUCUUCUCCACCGUUUAGCUCUGAGAUAGAAUCUCCCAGUUUAGGCUGAAGUGCUUGCGGUGCGAUCAUUUGGUUAACUCCAUGAACAGAAACCCAUUCGUUGGCAUACAGAUCUGGGUAGAUGAGUGGGACUCCAUUGAGAAGAAGGAUAUCACCUGACCAAGAGAACUCGAUUUCAUACCCUUUUAGAGCAGUUUGCAGGAUCGAUCCUUCCCACGCCAGUUUCUGGAGAUCUUUCCAAGAAAGUAGUUGCCGGAUCACAUGCCCUCGGAAAAUAGUGGCGUAAUCGGAGAAUUUGUUGAUGGAGUUUGGAAUCGCUUCGUCGAUGGGAGCGAAGACUGUGAGCUUCGUGUCGUUCCCUGAUAUUUCGAGCUGUAGAGCGAGAAACGUGGCCAUUAUCACGAAACCUCUGGAGAAUAGCAAACUCGAAGCGGAUUCGAAGAUGUUGAAGCAAUUCGCUGGUUUAGAUCUGUUGGGAAGAUUUUUAGUGGAUUCGGAGAAAUCAGGGCUCGGAGCAGUACGAGUCGCUGAGCUAGGGAUAGGAAUCGAAUCAAUAGUUGCAGGAGAUGAGAUAGGGUUUGCGAUUGAAGAAGACGAUGAUGAAUUAAGGCUCGGUUCUGAGAUCGGUGCUGUGAAAAACCCGCCGGCUACGUAAAUCACGACGUAGCCGUCGUCAAAAACAGGAGAAUCUUGGACCACGACGUCGUCGAUCGAAAAAGUACCUCCGGAUCGCGAUGAAUUCGUGACGAUCAGAGAGGAAUUAGAUCUCAUGGUAGGGAUUUUCGCGCCACGAGGAAGGUUCCUUAGGGUUUCUCCAGGGAGCCUCGCCGGAGAGAGCUCGUACUUGAUAUCGAGAAGCGAAGGUUGUCCAAAUUCCUUGAAAGCUUGAUCGCAAGGCGCGAAGAUGGUGAGUUCUUGCCACUCUUCUAGGCCCAGAUCUUUAUUCGCGAGCUGUAGAGUGAGCCCCAUGGAGAACAAGCCGGAAUCGGAGAGGACUUCCACGGCGGAGGAGAUUACAGAAGCAUCGGAAUGUGAGACGAGAUCGAGAAAGCAAAAUAGGAGGAAGAAGGUAGUAAGAAGCUUCGACGCCAUUGAAGCCGUUCUUUGAGCUCUCUCUCGUCUCUCUCUCGUCUCUCUCUCUGGUUGAAGAAAUGUUUGUUGUGGAGAAAAACCGUUGCAGGGAAGUUACAGUAUCAGAGAGCAUCCUAUAGAGGGCGGGAAAGAUGUGGGCUUUUACUUUUGGGCCCAUUUUUUUUUUUUCAUCAAUGUGUCCAAAAUUAAAUGUCCGACUCUAUCACACAAACCAACCGGCUCAAUCGAACCGAACCAAAGGGACUAAGAAUAAGGGUACUAUCGUCAUUUACAUAGCAAAACCCUCUAUCUUUAGUCUUCACCUGCAUCGGCUUCUUCUGCAUUUCCCAUAAGUUACUCUCGCUGGAAAAUCGAAAUCGGACCCGUCGACCGCUAAAGAGGAUGUUGAAGUUUCUAUCAAAAGUAAAGAUUGAGUACAACACAUUGGAUCCAAGGCUAGCGUCUUGCGUUGAAUUCUUAGCGCAAUGCAAUGCAAGGAAAGCCAAAGAAUCAAACCCGAAUUGUCAGGUUUUGGUGAAGCGUAGAACAGACGAUCAGCCACCGCGGAUCAAUGUCACGUUUGUCAAUGGUGUUGAGGAAGCUUUCGAUGCAGCAGAAACCUCGGCUCAGACGAUCAGGAAGAUGAUCCUCGAUAAAGGUCAGUAUCUCGAGACAGAGCAAAUGUUCCGCGAAGCGGGAGAGCAAUGGCCUGUGAUCAUCCCUGAAGAAGAGAUUCACCAAGAGGCUCCUGGUGUUAAGCCGCGUAAAGCAGAAGACAAGAAGUAAUGCUGCUUAGCCUCGUUUAGCUGUGGGAAUGUAAUAUCCGAGUCCUCGGUACGCAACUCGGUAUGCGUCUCAAGCUUAGAGUUUUUGGAAAGAUAAGAUAUGUGUUUGUAUUGUUUACUUCUUUAUGUGAAACUGGAAUUGAUGAAAUUUGAUCAGACAAAUUGAAUGAAUACUCUCUGAAUCUCAAAUCAACACCCUUGUUCUGAGUUUUGGCAUCAGUAGUAUUACAUGACUUAUCCAUUGAAUCCACAAGCCA